CUUGUGACUGGCAGCUUGUCGGCCCGCCCCGUCGCUUUCUGUACAUGGAUCGGUCUGCAGAGAGACCGACCAUAAGAAAGUGGAGUGGAAACAGGAAGAGGAGGAAAGGGGAAGGUAGAAGACGGAGGAGAGGAUCGGGUGAGAGACAAGGUGGCGAGGAGUGAAAGGAAGAGAGGAACAGGGGAGCAGAGGAGCGUGUGGAUCGAAGAGAAAAGAAAAGAGCGGAGGAUGAGCAUGUCUAUUUAAAGGGAUCUGACACUGCACGGGUCUGCUGUCUCGCUAUUCCUGAUUGCCUGACAUCAUCGAAUUUGGACUCUGUCUCCCCCUUUUCUCUCGGUGCUCAUUGCGAGGUGUGAAGUGGAGGGCCACCAAAAUACAGACCAAGACUGGUAACAUUUGUUUAUGCUGCAUGUAUCACCCAGCAGAGCUGUACUCUGGCCGUAACACAUGGGUCUCCUAUCAAGCGGGAGGACCUAACAGAGGGCAAUGGGCCCCUGUUAACAGUCGCCCCUGGAGCCACACAGAAAGAUGCCAAGGAGGGCGCAGUCAAUCACAUCCAGCAUCAAGUCGUCUUUAUAAUAGGGGGGAGAGGACAGUCAGCCAUGUCCAGGACAAGGCUAUCUCGAGGGGACACAGACAGCCUCUACGUCUCUGGGAUGGCAAAGAGGCCUUUGAGGCCCAGAACUGGCACCACAACUCCACACGCUCAUUCCACAACAGAGCUGGCACCAACAGUGGUUACCUAACAGGACCAGAGGACCGCUACACGAACUGGGACAGCAGUGUCAGCAACUCUGUGCAUGGCGGCCCUCGCCUGCAUCGCAACAACCGAGAACUCCAGUCCCCACCACCAGAGAGAUGGGCCCCCUCCGACUGCCGCAGGAGCUUUCCAGACAGAAUGAUAAACAACAGACUAGGACCCUGGAAACGGCCGGCCCCCCAUCAGCGGCGAGACCCCUUGCACCAGCACAGUCCCCCUCCACAGCACCCGUUAUCCCCAAGGGAAGAGUGUCCAGCCAAGAGGAAAAGGGACUCGGGCCCUGAUCAGGUAGAGUCUGGUGACUUAUUGAAACUUGCAGAGUCAUCUCAUCCUGGAUCAAGGCAUUUACCUUUACUUGCCCCCCGCUGCAACCAAGAUGACUGGAAUUCUCUUAGUGACAGAUCGGGUCAUAGCAACCACUCUGACUACAGGACCUCAACAACACAGCAACAGGAAAACUCUAAACUGCGAGCUGGAGGACACGGCUUCAGUAACAGUCACCUAGCGGCUCCAAAUUACAGUUGUGGCAGCAGACCACCACAUCAUGGAAGCAGGGCGAAGGUCGACCGGAAAAUCUCAUCUUCACCAGCAGACCACACCCGUGUGCCUUACAGCCACCAAAACCACCAUUACCACCAUCAACGGCACACAGGCCACCCCAGAGCCCUACAGCACAACCUGCCGCUACACCCUCUGGGGGAGAAGGACUCAUGGAGCCAUCACCACAAACCAAGCACAGAACCUCAACGCACUCAUCAAAGGGGCAAUUCCUGGGACCCAGCCCUCUCCAAGUCUGCUGUUACAGACUCCCCUCCCUAUUCAUCCCUCCUCUGCAGCCCUAAAGCUGGAGAUUCUACUGCCAGCAGCAGUCCACGUGCUCCUUCCAGUCCCUCUUCCUACACUGUGGCCAGUGGCAGAAAAGAUCCACUAAUGAUUCGUCAGUGUAGUCCUGGCCUUAGUGGACAAAAGAAACUCCAGGGAAGCCCUAAUCACACCCCGAGACCUAGCCUGACAUCCACCACGUCUCUCACAUCCCACGCUGCUGCAAAAUCCAGGUUUUCAGACGUCAAAUAUCGAAAGACCUCGCAGCCCAUCCGCUCGCGACAGUCCCCCCACAGCAGGUCAAGAGCGACCAAGCCUGAGAAGGAGUCGGAAGAACACAAAACACCAGAGAAGCUGGUGAAAAAGGAGAGAAAUGGCGAGGAGAGAAAGAGGCGGAAGAAAAAUGAGGAAAAAAGGUUGUCUGAGAAACAAAAGAAGAGGGACAAAGCAGCAAGGAGGGAAAGAAAGUUAGGCUUGAAAGCUAAAAUCAACUCUUCCGGAGAGGCCAAUGUGAGUAAAAUGAAGACUGCAACUGAGUCCCCCGAGAGUCAGUGCCAGUCACCGCUCAAACACAAGCACAGGGAGAGGAGUGAGAGAGCAGAGAGGACACACAGGCCAUCCACAAAUACUCCUCAUCCCAGCGGCACAUCGCAACCAUCCUCAAAAUCUAGAAAUCCUAAAUUGCCCAAGACGAAUGGCAGUCCCUCAAAACUCCCUGUCAGGAAACGACCAAUCCAGUCUCUUGCCAGGAACACCAGCCCCAUCCAGACUGGCAAGUUGCCCACCAUGGUAUCACCCCGAUCAGAAGACCAACCACAGGCAAAGCCCGAUGACACACUCCCCUUCCUUUUAUUUAAAGCCUUAGCGCCUCUCAGUACAGCAUGUCAUAUAAGCGUAGAGCAGCCCCUCCACGGCAAAGACGCUGGGCCGGGAGGGGUUCUCAACGCUCCAGACCUACAGCCUGUGGGACAUUUGAGGGAAAUGGACGACAACCUUUCGAAUACUCCUCCUGUUCUAAGCUGGCAGGGCUCUCCAGUUUCAACUCUUGGAGAAGAUGAAGAGGAGCUGGAUAAGGGAGUGAUAAGUAGACCCGUUCUUCAGCCCAGCCCCACCCAGUGCUUCUCUCCGCCUCCUCCGCUUGUCGACAGCGAUGGCAUCGACGAUACCAAUAAGGAGACUUGUGAAAGCACACCGGCUGAUUAUUCUCACAAUGGCGCGUCUGAAGUCUGCGGUCUGCCUCGUGCGACGGAACAAGUUGCAGAGGAACAAAAGGAAGAAGAGUUGGGCAGCAGCAAGGAAACAUCCACCUCUCUUCUUUGUGAGCUUCGCCACCACCAAACCGGUUUAGAUGAUGUCUUCCAGAGCCUGGCUAACUUUCUCGGAGGGCAGAGGGUCACAUGUCGAGGCGGUCCGUUUGGGGGGCCUCCAGCUGGCACCAACGGAGGAGUGAAGUACUCCUCGUCUUUUGAACUGGGGCCGGAGAUUCAUGAGCAUCAGGAUUUCUCCCCCAUAUCAGAAGCUACAGCAUCGUCCACACCCGGUAAUCAGUCACCAACUCACACUACCUCAGACACGUUUUUGGAAUCCUACAGUCCGACACAUCUGGGGGAGCCUGUUGCGGACACCCCCAUGCAAGAGAAGCUGGAAGAUAUUGAGAAUGGCAAAAAAGAGGAACAAGAGGGUGAGGAUGUGAAGAUCCACACUGAGAGUACAGAAUCGUCUCUUUUGGACGGCUCGCUGAGUGCAAAGCUGAGACUGACCACGACACAUGCAGCCUCUUUCACCAGCCUCAUCACGGUCUCUACCACGGAAGAGAGAGUACCAAUCAAAGAGACAGAAUGCAUAGGUACAAAAAGAAAGAGAAAACAAAAGGCUAAGGAGGGAGAGAUCAAGAUCAAGAUAAAGACAGAAGAAAGCAGCACCGUUUGUCCUAAAAACAAGGCAAAGAAAAUACGGGGUUUGGAAGAAAAGGAUGUUUCCUCCUCAGUUCUCGUCAUCUCCAGAAAGUCAUCCACACCUCUCAAAGACAGCACGAAGGGCCAGAUUCCUCAGGAAAAUCUAACCCCACAUGGCAUACACAUCCAAAAAGAAAAAGUGGACAUGGGGAGUGCUGAGGUAAAGAUGAAAACGGAGAAGAAGAAGGAAGAUACCAGUGAGUCAGAAAAUAACUCAGCAGCUGGAAACAAGAACACCCAGACCUCAAAAUCAGCAUCAACAAGUGCAACAAUCAGUACAUCCAAAUUAUGUGUUUCCAACCCAGUGAAUAAGCCUCCCUGCUCAUUAGCUCCGGUUGAUCCGCUCAAACUGAAGGCAUUGUCCAUGGGCUUGGUUAAGGAGCUGAAGAUCCUCUUGUUUAAAUUGGAGAGUGUCGGAAGACAAACAUUCAACAUAUCAGAGAUAAAAGAGCAAAGAAUCCCACUUUCCAAGAUCAGCAUUAAAAACACGGGCGCUGAGGUGAUCAGAGCUUGCAAGGGGACGUGGGCAAAGGGCAAAUUCAAGGAGUCCUUCCUGCUUCCCGCCUUCUCUGUUAAACCUAAAAUUGCCUCAGAGACUCCGAUUCCUCGUGAAAAGCUUAACCCUCCGACACCAAGCAUCUAUUUGGAGAGCAAGAGGGACGCGUUCUCUCCAGUUCUGCUGCAGUUCUGCACUGAUCCCAAAAAUGCAGUCACUGUCAUCAGAGGCCUCGCCGGCUCCCUCCGCCUUAACCUCGGUCUGUUCUCCACCAAAUCUCUGGUGGAGGCCAAUGCGGAGCAUGCAGUGGAAGUGAGGACUCAGGUUCAGCAGCCCGCUGAUGAGAACUGGGAUCCCUGUGGUUCCACGCAGACCUGGCCCUGCGAAAGCAGCCGCUCACACACCACCAUCGCCAAAUACGCUCUGUACCAGGCCUCCAGCUUCCAGGAGAGCCUACAGGAGGAGAAGGAGAGCGAGAAUGAAGAUGAAGGAGAGCAGGCCAAGUCUUCAGACACAUCAGCCGCCACUAAAGCUGCCCUGACAUCAGCCAACCGUAAAGGCAGCCCUGCUUCGACUAAAGCCAGUUCUGCCACCAUCCUAAGCAAAGCCCAACCCGUUAAUGCCAACGGCACACCCAGCUCAGAGCAGAAAGCAUCUGGAAAAAUCAUAAAAUUUGGGACCAAUAUUGACCUUUCUGACCCUAAAAGGUGGAAGCCCCAGCUCCAGGAGCUGCUGAAGCUGCCAGCUUUCAUGCGUGUUGAAUCCAGCAACAACAUGCUCAGUCACGUCGGUCACACCAUCCUGGGCAUGAACACCGUCCAGCUCUACAUGAAGGUGCCAGGCAGCCGCACGCCAGGUCAUCAAGAGAACAACAAUUUCUGCUCAGUAAACAUCAAUAUCGGGCCCGGUGACUGUGAGUGGUUCGCUGUUCACGAGCACUACUGGGAGGCUAUCAACAACUUUUGUGAGAAGCAUGGAGUAGACUACCUGACGGGGUCGUGGUGGCCAGUCCUGGAAGACCUCUACAGCUCCAACAUCCCUGUGUACCGCUUCAUUCAGAGGCCGGGUGACCUGGUGUGGAUUAAUGCGGGGACUGUGCACUGGGUCCAGGCAGUGGGCUGGUGCAACAACAUCGCCUGGAAUGUGGGGCCACUCAACUCGUACCAGUAUCAGCUCACCCUGGAGCGCUAUGAGUGGAACGCGCUAAAGAAGGUUAAGUCAAUUGUUCCCAUGAUCCACGUUUCAUGGAAUGUGGCUCGGACCAUCAAGAUCACCGACCAGGAUACCUUCAAGAUGAUCAAACACUGCCUGAUGCAGUCCAUCAAGCACAUCCAGAUUCUGAGAGACCAGCUGGUGGCUGCAGGGAAGAAGAUCUGUUACCAGAGCCGCGUGAAGGACGAGCCAGCCUACUACUGCAAUGAGUGUGAUGUGGAGGUGUUUAACCUGAUGUUUGUGACAAGCGAGAACAGCAGUAAGAAGAGCUACAUGGUGCACUGCGAGGACUGUGCACGAGCUAAGAACCGAUCGCUGGCGGGAGUCGUGGUGCUGGAACAGUAUCGGAUAGAGGAGCUGAUGAGAACCUACGACACCUUCACGCUGGCUCCAACUCCCUCUUCAAAGUGAGGACCCGUCCCUGGUGUCUUUCAGUCAUAACCAAAACUCUAAUGGCAGAACAAAUGUUGUCUUCAAGGCAGUCUAUUCCUGCAGACACUCACUGAAUCAGCCAAUCACGUUUACUCAGUAUUGUUUACAUCAAUAAGAUAUGGACACUCAGCCAAUCCAACCAUAGCUCACUGUCUUCCCCAUGCCAGCUGCUGAUUGGACGUGUGUUUUGUAAUAGAAUGACUAGACUGGUACUUCUCAUGACAAGCAUUUCAGAUAUGUAAAAAAAAAAAAAAAAAUGUAAGCACUGCUAGCACUGAAAAUCAGGUUAUAUGUUCUACGGAAACUGCUGUGAUUCAAAAGCAUCAAGUAGCCGGUUCUGUGUAUAAAUCCAGGUACUUUUAUGCAAAUUCAGUAUAACUUUUUUACACCAAUCUAGUUAUUCUACAUGUCCAUGAAUUUGCUGUGAUGCUGUUGUACCAGCAAGGGGAAUCGCUUCACAGGAGAAGUAGCUGAUUGUCACAUUUGGCAUCGUAUUGGUUCCUGUUUUUGUUGUUUUUUGGUAUUCAGGUAAACUCUGACAUUUGUAAUUCCUGUCUGCAUACCUUUUGAGGUGCUAUUCCAAUCUAAUUUAUUCUUGUUAGAUACUUUAGAAAAGUUUUACCAGCCUAGAAGUAUACCACAUUGGCCUUGCAAACUGUAUUUAGAGGAGAGGUAAUUAGAGGAUUAAACACACAAAUAAGGAUUUAUGUACGUAUUUAAAAAAGAAAAAACUAAUUAAAAAGUUGUACCAGUUUCUCUAAAAUACGGGUUUACUAGAGAACUAAUAUGGUUUUAUUGUUAGUUGGAAAUGAAGUAUGUAGAUGAAAAAUUAGACUAUUAUUUUUCACAAUUCCAGCUAAAUAGUCGUUGGUCAGGUUUCUACGAUACGCCCGUAAAAUAGACAUAGUGUCUUUUUUAUUUUUUGAAUGGGAAAACAAUCCCCCUUUUAUACCUCCUUUUGUUUCCAUGUUUUUGAUUCUAGAUGACAGAGAAAAUAAAUAAUUGUACAUUGUGAAUGCAUUUAUGGGAUACACAGUGGUGUGCAUAGAUGGUGUACAGGGGGGGGAGUCAACAUUGAUGUUGGUGUCAAUGAAGUGCCCGUUACAGUCUGAAAAAAAGUAAUAUGUCCAAAGAGACACACAAUCAUAAUCUUAUCAUGCAAAAGCCAUUGAGGCCAAAUAGAUGAGCAGACUGAAUGGCACCUCAUUGUUUUCAUUUUGCUCCAAACAUCCGUCCUGAUGAGGCUCCAUGCACUGCCAGGGGGUUUCAUAUACUGUAUUUCCAGUUUGUUGAAGAGCACAUGACUUAACAAAUGACAAGAAAGGCCCAUCCAUUGUUUGUUUGAUGUCUUAUUUUGAUAAGGCUUCAUAGUCUAACCUUUGGUUUUAAAUGUUAUAAUGCAAGGGUGAGGUACAACUAAAAGCCUUGCUUCCUACAUACACUGGGACUGUGUUCACAUGUUAUGAUUUGGUGGGAAGUUAGGUUUAUUUUCUAUCAUUUGAAUAGAGGUUCAGCAGCAUUACAGCUGUAAAGUCAUUAUAUUGAAAUCCCCCACAGAUGACAACCUUCAGAGUUCAGCCCUGCCCUCAUUAGUCUGUGCACACAAUUUACUGUACUUAAUGAAUAUGUUUCCAGGUUUACCAGAAGAUUUAUGUAGUUCUGAUCUCAAUCAAAAAUCAAAUUUGUAUCUGGUCCAACUUGUCCACCUCAGUCGUUUUGUUUUGUUGUUGCUAUGAUGUAAUACACCUUAAAAAAUAUUUGGUUUCAAUUACUGCAAUGGGAAUUUCUUCCCACUUUUAUACCUCUUUUUGUUGUCAGGUUCUGUUUUUUUGGGAUUUCAGAGAAAAUGAAAAAAUUGUAAAUUGCGACAUUUAUACUGUACAUGGUUGUUUUCUUACAUAUUUAUUGCAUAUCAAAUGGUACUUCACUUGAUAAGGGGCUACAAGGUAUUUAAAAAAAUAAUAAUGUGUGGAUAGGGGAGGUGCAAUCAGGGAGGUGGUUUGAUUUUCAUGGUGCUAGACCCCUCCUUGCCUCAAUGCCCCUCAUUAAACAGCAUAUAAUCAUAUUUGGACAUAAGUCAACUCAAACCAACCGGUUGGUGCUUAGAUCCAUUUCAACACAACAUUUUGAUGGUAACAGAAAUGGAAUGAUGUCUUUGUACUGUAUCUAACAGAUGAAUAAAAGAUCUUUAAAAACGCUUUUUCAUUGUAUGAAAUUCAUAAUCUUGUGAGGCAUUAGUGGUUUUAUGAUGAGCAUUAGCAGUAGUUGUAAUUCUUGACACUUUUUCAGAGACUUUUAGGGAUGUGACUUUUAAUGACGUUGAGGUUUCGUUUAUUUGUCUUGUCCUCAUUAUUGGAAUUAUUUGGAUAGAAGGAUGUAAUAAUGCUCUUUUUCCUCUUGACUUGUUUGAUUUAUGCUGCACUUAUUGUUUUAAAAAAAAACUCACAUAGAAGAAAACCUGAGCCAGACCUGUCUUAAAUCCCUCUGUGAUUUUUCUGUGACAUAUUGUAUUGUUGUUCAAGAAAAUAAAAUGUUUUUGAUAAAUUA